AUAAAAGUCGGGCUGUCUCCCAUAGUCUCGAGUCUAGAAAAGCCUUUGAUCAUCCUCAUCAUCACACAAUCUGCACAAACACUUCGCACACUCGCAACUUUGAGACAAGAACACCUCCUUAUCAAAACUCCCUCACAAAACCAGUCAAGAUGAAGACCACCUUCGCCAUCGCGUCCCUCUUCGCUGCCGCGAGCUCCGUCCUCGCCGCGCCCACCAUGGAGUCCCGCCAGGUCCCCUACGACCCGUGCUCGGGCCUGUACGACACACCUCUGUGCUGUGCCACCGACGUUCUGGGCGUCGCCGACCUCGACUGCGCCAACCCGCCCGCCGUCGUCACCGACCCGGCCAACUUCCAGUCCACCUGUGCCACUGCCGGACAGCGCGCUCGCUGCUGCAUCCUGCCCCUCCUCGGACAGGGCAUCCUCUGCCAGACUCCUGCCGGCGUCGUCUACUAAGCUCGUCUCGUCUCGUCUCGAGCUUAGCUUUUAAGACACUCCUCUUAUCAUGACAUUUAUGGCGGAUCGCUCAUGUUCGACCUGG